AUGGAGCUGGUGCGACGAUUAAUGUCUAUCAACAUCAUAAACAUUCAAAACGUCAUCAACAUACAGAACAACAAUGGAAGGGCAGCUCUCCAUGUUGCCGUGAUUGGCGACGCUUUGCACUCUGAUCUAGUUGAGCUUCUUAUGACCAUUCCCUCUAUCGACAUUAAUGUUCAGGAUAUCGACGGCAUGACUCCGCUUGACCUGCUCAGCCGACGGGCUUGCUCUGCCACGUCAAAUUUACUGAUUAGAAAAUUUGUGUCUUUUGGAGGGAUAUCGAAUUUGAAGGACCCCAGGAUUAAAUCUGUGAUGACUUCACAGUCGAAAAUGGAAUCUGGCAUUGGAUGCAGCCCAGGAACCUCCUUCAGGAUCACAGAUUCAGAGAUUAUCUUAUACAGUGAAAUUGAAGCAGCUGAGGCCAGUGGGAGGCUAAGCUCAUGCUCCAGUGUCAGCUGGAGUGAGAAUGAGGGCAAUUCAAACAAGAAGAAGCCUUUAAGUUCUCUUGAUACUGCAGCAAGAAAACUCAGGACUCUACUUACAUUGUCGCGACAUAAAAAGAAGUUUGUUGAUGACUGUGAUUCGAUGAAUUCUGUAACAAAAUGGAGUGAACGAGAGGAGAUUCCGACGCCCCUCCGGCAAACUUACACAAAUGGAGCAUCUUACCUCAUGAACAAUAAGCGGACGGUUGCAGUGAGGACAUCCACGCCUAGCCCAGCUACAAAGAAGUUUGCUAUGAGUUUAAUGAAGGGAGUCUUCCAGGAAAGACCACAGUCAGCUCCUUGUUCACAACCUCAAACUCCGGUCAGCCCAUUCUCUUGCUCGCGGGUCUCAUCGCCAUUGUCAGAGAAGCAGAAGGUUGUUUAUGUUGACAAUGAGAAUGUCAAAAAAAGUGCAGUCAAACACGUCGGUUAUGGUCACAUUGUGAGGAGUUCAUCGAAGUUAUCUGGUUUAGUGAAUUCAAAGCUUAUGAACAAAUUCUUUUGUGUUGAGGCAAAUG